AUGAAACGCAAGCGGGCAGAAUUGCAAACUCUGGGCAAACGAUUUGGGAAAACGGAUCUCGAUCGAGUUGGGUAUUUCCACGAUCCAUCUCCGGCGCCCUUCGACAAGUACAUCGGAACUGCUGUAACUUUUCGCGAGGGCAUUGAGAAAGGUCGUCAAUUGCUCGCCGGUCCUUCGACACCUUUAUUCGAACAGAAAUUCGUUCGAAUUUUCAGCGGAGAAGCAUUGAACGAGCCAUGGCGAUUAGAAGCGGAAGAACGGUUGAAACGCGAUAGAGCGAAAAUCGGCGGUGUCAUGCUGCCACCCUCGCCGGCUAAGAAGCACGCGACACCUGGUGAUUGGCACGGUUGCUUCGAGAAAGUCACCUACUUCAGCCCUGCCGAAAGAAAAGAGCCAAAGACUGGGCCUGAACCACCGAAUGUAAUGACCAGACCUAAUCCCCUCGGAGGACCAGGAUACGCAGACAUUGGCAUCAAUCCUUUCCCCUCGUACUCUCACGAACCCUAUGACCCGGAAAUAAGAGUCAAAGAGAGACCCGUGGGCCGAUUUUUGUACGCCAGCGCGCCCCUGGAUCAUUUCCCGCCGGAUCCAUACAAGGACGACGCUCCUGGACCCACUUACGUUCGACCCGUCGAGGUAAAACCAAAAAUAAUAGGACCUGGUCGGAUUUACGUUCCGUUCCCUAAAAAACCUGGCGGAAAUCACUCCGGAUGCUUCGACAAAUUUCCGGAGUAUUCAAGUGAUCCUUACGAGAAGGAUACGAAGAAGGAGAAGAAGGUGGAAGCUGUAAAUCAACUUGACGCGGACGAGAGGAAACCGAAAAUGAAACCAGAAUUGUCCGCGACUAGACACCAUCCUGUUCACACCGUCCAGAAUCGAACCACCUGCUGCAGACAUAUACAAUACAUCAAGCUGGCAGAUUUAGAAUUACCUACAUAUAUAUCCUUCUUACAUUUCACAUUGUUCCAUUAA